GCAGCGUUGGCCCAAAAAGCCCAAGUCCAAGCUAAAAUACAACAGGUUGAGGAUUUUCUCCCAAUCCCUAAAGCUGUUCCAUUUUCGUUUUCGCAGUAGCAGCUCUAAAACCUACGAAGCUCUUCAUCAUGUCGAGGAGAAAGGUCAGAGAGCCAAAAGAGGAAAACGUGACUCUGGGACCAGCUGUUAGAGACGGUGAACACGUCUUUGGUGUCGCUCGUAUCUUUGCCUCUUUCAAUGACACCUUCAUUCAUGUCACUGAUCUGUCCGGGAGGGAAACCCUUGUCCGCAUUACCGGUGGAAUGAAGGUUAAAGCCGACAGAGAUGAAUCAUCUCCUUAUGCUGCCAUGCUUGCAGCACAGGAUGUUGCUGCCAGAUGCAAGGAACUGGGCAUAACUGCUCUUCAUAUCAGGCUCCGUGCAACUGGCGGAAACAAGACCAAAACACCUGGUCCUGGUGCCCAAUCAGCUCUCAGGGCCCUUGCUCGUUCAGGAAUGAAAAUCGGUCGUAUAGAGGACGUGACACCCAUUCCUUCGGAUAGCACUCGUAGAAAGAGUGGCAGAAGAGGUAGAAGGCUCUAAAUACUGGAGUUGCUAUAUUUUACUUUCCAUACCAACUUAAAUGGCAUGUUGAGAUUUUGCUAUCAGAACUUCUAGUGUUUUUCUUUAGUCAUAUUGAACAGUGUUUUAAUUGAUAACAGACAUUUUCAUUUUUUUGUUGAAAGUUCUGGUUGUUUCUUCGUAGCUUGAAAUGUUGACUAACUAUCUUCUUUUGCUAAACUUGAUCUUACGUUUGCUUGAUUAUUGUACGGGAAUGGGUUAUCCGUGAUUGCCUUA